AUGCGUAUCGCUCCCGUCGCCUCCACCAAGGCGUCCGGACGCGUCUCUCUCAAGGCGGGAUUCGCCGGCAAGCCCGUCCAGGCUGCGUCCGUGUCUCUCUCCUCCCGCCGGGCGGAGCGCCUCGUCGUGCGCGCCGAGGAGGCCAAGGCGCCCGCGAAGGCUGAGAAGGCGGAGGAGCCCUGGAGCCCUCCCAAGCUCAACCCCAACACCCCCUCCCCCAUCUUCGGCGGCAGCACCGGCGGUCUGCUCCGCAAGGCUCAGGUCGAGGAGUUCUACGUGCUCACCUGGGAGGCGCCCAAGGAAAUGAUCUUCGAGAUGCCGACUGGCGGCGCGGCGAUCAUGCGCAAGGGUCCCAACCUCCUUAAGCUCGCCCGCAAGGAGCAGUGCCUCGCGCUCCUCAACUCCAUGCGCGCCAAGAACAAGAUCAACGGGUGCGUCUACCGUGUCUUCCCCUCGGGCGAGGUUCAGUACCUCCACCCCAAGGAUGGUGUGUACCCCGAGAAGGUCAACAAGGGUCGCGUCGGUGCCAACAACAACAUGCGCAGCAUCGGCAAGAACGCGAACCCCGCGUCCAUCAAGUUCGGUGGCAAGAUGUACAAGGAUGGCCUCGCCUCCGACGGCGCCGGCUUCUCCCGCGUCUUUGACCAGUAA